CGUUUGCCAGUUUCAGUGUCGCGAGGCUGGACAGAUCUGAUCUUGCUUUAGCAAACAUUGUCAUAGGCCUCUACCGCCGCACCCAGUAGCAUCGAAUACCAGCCCAAAAUCCUCGCAAACGCGUGACGGACACUUCACGAUCUGAGCAGAAUCUCACACCGCGAUAUCGGGACUCACAGCGCUUCAAGAUGGCCGCAAGGAAGCUUCAAAAUGAGCUGGACCGAACGUUCAAGAAGGUCUCAGAGGGCGUUGCGGCAUUCGAAGGGAUACACGAGAAAAUUAUGUCCUGCAACAAUCCAGCCCAGAAAGAGAAGCUAGAAGAUCAAUUAAAGAAGGAGAUCAAGAAGCUACAACGAAUGCGUGAUCAGAUCAAAACGUGGGCGCAAAUGGGUGAUAUCAAGGACAAGAAGCCCCUACAAGAUAACCGGAAGCUGAUUGAAACUCAAAUGGAGCGAUUUAAAGCAGUAGAGAAAGAAAUGAAAACCAAGGCGUAUUCUAAAGAAGGCUUAUCGGCGGCUGCCAAGAAAGACCCAAAAGAACAAGAGAAAGAAGAAAUGGCAGAAUUUCUACGAGCGAUGAUGGACGAGCUAUAUCAACAGAUCGAGAGCCGGGAGGCCGAAGUGGAGACUCUGCAGGUAGGCGCCAAGAAGAGCAAGAAAGACACAGCGAAAGCAGAUCGAAUAUCAGAGUUGGAGCGCGUGAUAGAACGGCAUAAAUGGCACAAUGGGAAACUCGAACUUGUAUUGCGUGCGCUGGAGAACGGUACUGUGGAGACGGAACAGGUCAAAGAGCUUGAAGAGGGGAUCAAGUACUAUGUGGAAAACAAUCAGGAAGUGGAUUUCAUGGAGGAUGACAGCAUCUACGAUGAACUUGAUCUGCAAGAGGAUGAAGAGCAUUUUGGUAUGAACAACGAGAUGGACAGAGUAUCCUCACAGGAUGCACAAUCAAUACAAGACGACAUACCUGAGGUGGAAAGCAAACCUAUCGGCACAGGGGUCGGCAAGCAAAAGGCGGCAUCAUCAACGGACAUAUCGAGUUCCACAGCACGAAGAUCAUCGACACAAAUGAAGUCGCCUUUACCAGCGCUGGCAACACUGCAUACAUCUUUGCCUAGUCCCUCAAAUGGUGUGACCUCUAGUAGCAUGAAGCCAGCCCCCAUACCAGCUCGCGCUCCUGGUGAGGGCCUUAAAUAUGCCUCAGCUGCAGCAGCUGCGGCUGCUAGCGACAAGAAUGGUGUAGGUAUAGCACCCCUACCACCACUGCCAAAUGCCACCUCUACGUCUUCAACGAGUGGCUUGGCUCCACUCCCUGCCGCUGCUGUAAGAAGAACAAGCUCGGUAGCUUCUCCGCAUAUCUCAGCGUCGAUACCUGCGCAACAGCGACCGACAGUAUCCGCUACACCGUCUGUCGAUGGUGGUGCCGCACUACAGACAACAUCGAAGUCUCCAGCGCUCAGCCACACAGGUGCUGCUCAAACUGUGGCAGAGUCACUCACCACGAUACCACAAGCCUCCGAGAAAGUGGACGUGAGUGAGACUCAACCGCCGAUGUCAACGGAGCGAACGCCUAGUACAGGCACCGAAAACACUCGCCAGGCCAAGGUGACCAAUGGAGAUGCACAUCAAAGAACAGACGAUACAGAGUCGGUUUAUUUUCUACCCUCCAGCCUACAAGACCUCUUGGAGUCAUUUGAAGCCACGAAAGCCGAGGUCCAUGCGGACUCCAAGCAGACGGACGAAAGACUUCUGAAUGCGGCACAUGCGUCUUUCCCAGAAUCAGUGGACGCUGAACGACCACGACACUACAAGCCGCAGAAUCCCUACCCGUUUACUCCUGAACACUACCCGCAGGAGCCAUUACCUAUCUUCGAUGAUCCCAGGCUGUUCCAGAAAAUUGACACUGAUACGCUUUUCUAUGCCUUCUAUUAUCGGCAGGGCACAUAUCAACAAUUUCUUGCGGCCAAAGCUCUCAAGGCUCAGAGUUGGCGCUUUCAUAAGCAGUACCAGACCUGGUUCCAAAGACAUGAGGAGCCAAAGUCAAUCACGGAGGACUAUGAGCAGGGAACAUAUCGAUUCUUCGAUUACGAGAGUACUUGGAUGAAUCGAAGAAAGGCAGACUUUAAAUUUGCCUACAAGUUCCUCGAGGACGAUCUAUAGUUCGCCAGGCAGAGGACUCAUUUUGUGUUGUUGUGUAAGUUAUCGUGCGUGUGCUUCUGAUGGAAGCUAGCUCUCCAAGAAGACAUUACUGUGAAAGAUGCCAAUGCAUGGCAACUGCUCAAUUUUUGGAAGAUCAUAAUGCGUGCAUUGUACAGUAUACAGCUUUAGGGAUGAUAAAGCAUCUUUCAAGGUCGAAUGCCUGUGGGUGUAAUGCGGGAUUACUGCCUGCUCUGCUGAAGUAAAUCAGCGACGCCAUCGCCAUCUCAAGGGUGUAAUUGCCAGAAUACUGCAGCUGAGGAGAGCAUACAUCAGCGAUCGUAAAACCCGUGCACAGUUUCUAAAAAUAGAAAGAAGGAAGCUGCAAGGCAUAUCUUCCGUCAGCGCAGUAGAAUUGAUUGGAUCUUCAGUUCUCUGCUAUACCAAAACGAGUAUAAUGAGUUUUGUUUGCCCGACC